AUGAAUGCUAUGCAAUUGGCAAAAAAAUUUCCACAGCUUUCUCAGCAAGACGUCUUCGAUCUCAUUGCACGGUUUAACAAAAUAGAUCUAGACGGAAAUGAGGCGCUUGAACAAAAGGAAGUUGUAAAGGCUUUGCAAGAUAUGGGUGAAAGUAAUUCUUAUGAUGAGAUUCGUGCCACUCUCAAGGAAAUAAACUUGAGUUCAACUGGCAAAGUUGAAAUAGACGAAUUUGUUGAGCUCGUAGCGAAACUCAGAGAAGGUCGUAAUAAAUCUGCUUUUGCUGUAAACAAACAUAAAAUCACUGUCCAUGGCUCCAGUCAAAAUGUUUCCCAUACAAUUAAUGAAGAUGAAAGGACUGAAUUCACUAGGCAUAUCAAUCAAGCAUUGUCUGGCGAUCCAGAUGUCAAAGAUAAGAUCCCAAUUGAUACAAAUACUAUGCAACUUUUUGAUGAGUAUGGUCUUAUCCUUGCAAAACUUAUCAAUGAUUCUGUUCCUGAUACGAUUGACGAACGUGUACUCAAUAUUCCCGGAAAGGGCAAGAAAGUAAACAAGUUCCAGAUGACCGAAAAUAACAACCUGGUCAUUUUUUCUGCUAAAGGAAUUGGAUGCAAUGUUGUCAACAUUGGAUCUGCGGAUCUAAUUGAAGGUCUAUUGAACAAGAUUGACAUUAAACGUCACCCCGAAUUAUAUCGUCUUCUGGAAGAUGACGAAACUCUUGAUCAGUUUUUGAAAUUACCUCCUGAUCAAAUUUUAUUGAGAUGGUUUAAUUACCAUUUAAAAGCUGCUAAAUGGAACCGUCGAGUAGGAAAUUUUAGUAAAGAUAUUAGCGAUGGCGAAAAUUACACCAUACUUCUCAAUCAACUUUCUCCCGAUCUAUGUUCACGUGACCCAUUAAAGGAACCUGACCUCCUUGAACGUGCUGAGAAGGUUCUCCAAAAUGCUGAAAAAUUAGAGUGCCGUAAAUAUUUGACUCCAAAAGCUCUUGUUGGUGGUAAUCCAAAGUUGAAUUUGGCUUUCGUUGCUCAUUUAUUCAAUACACAUCCGUGUUUGGCUCCACUUGAUGAAGAGGAAAAGGCUGAACUGGAAGAAUUCGAUGAUUCUGAUGAUAGAGAAUCAAGAGUUUUUGCUUUAUGGUUGAAUAGCUUGGACGUUACACCCGCUGUUAAUAAUUUGUAUGAGGACUUGAAGGAUGGUCUAAUACUCCUUCAAGCUUUUGAAAAAAUAAGACCAGGAUCUGUAGAUUGGAAAAAAGUAAACAAAUCGGAAAAUUUAUCACGAUUUAAACAAGUGGAAAACACAAAUUAUGCUAUCUUAAUAGGAAAGUCUUUGCGGUUUACGCUUGUUAAUAUUCAAGGCGCUGAUAUUUGCGAUGGUACAAAGACUUUGAUACUUGGUCUGGUCUGGCAGAUGAUGCGUAUAAAUAUUGUUCAAACAUUGACAAGUUUAUCAAAGGGUGGUCGUGAAAUUACAGAUGCUGAUUUGGUACGAUGGGCGAACGAAACCGUAAAACGCGGUGGCAAGUCUACAAGGAUGAGUAGUUUUAAAGAUACGACUCUAAGAAAUGGUUUAUUUUUAAUUGAUUUAUUAAAUGGAAUCAGGUCAGGUGUAGUAGAUUAUAAUUUGGUAACGAAGGGUAUAUCUGUGGAUGAUGCUACACUCAAUGCAAGAUAUGCUAUUUCCAUUGCUCGAAAAAUUGGUGCCACAAUUUUCUUAUUACCGGAAGAUAUUGUCGAAGUUCGACCUCGAUUGGUAUGUAAAGGGUGA